GGGAGAGCGGGAACGAGAGAAGCUCAUCUUUAGAAAGGCGGAGCGCCAUCUCGGUCUCUCCUCGCCCUGCCCUGCCCCCGUCCCGCGCUGCACGAAGCCGAUGGGGAAAGAGACGCUCUAGGGUCGGCUUGGCUUGGGUAGCGGGAGAAGGGUGGAGCGUGAGCUCUGCUCGGACAAACUCAACCCCCGUUCAUGGUUGCACCUGUAGACGCUGCUGCAGUUACUCUAUGGCAGAGGCCGACACGGAAGGGGAGGCGCUGCGGGCAGCGAGGCGCUGUCUGAUGGGUUUCCCGGCCGAGGCAAGGGAGUUGUGUUUCACGGAUUCUGUGCCAUAUCUUGAUAGCCUUCCAUCUCCCUUGGAAUUCUAUCGGGAAUGGGUGUGUCCAAACAAACCAUGUAUAAUUCGGAAUGCAUUCAACCAUUGGCCAGCUCUGAAGAAGUGGACGUUAGCUUACCUCAGGGAAAUCAUGAGCUCCAAGUUGGUGAGUGUGGCAGUAACUCCAAAUGGUUAUGCUGAUGCAGUUUAUCAGGACUGGUUUGUUACGCCAGAAGAACGGCACAUGCCUUUCAGUGCUUUCUUGGACAUUGUGGAGAAAAAAGUAACUUCUCCAGGAGUGUUCUAUGUGCAGAAACAGUGCUCGAACCUAACUGAAGAAUUCCCUGAACUCAUGGGUGAUGUGGAGCCUGAUAUCCCUUGGAUGAGUGAGGCAGUUGGAAAGAAGCCUGAUGCUGUUAAUUUCUGGCUGGGAGAAUCUGCGGCAGUGACAUCUUUACACAAAGACCAUUAUGAAAACUUGUACUAUGUGAUCUCUGGAGCGAAACAUUUUCUGCUGCAUCCACCAAGUGACCGUCCCUUCAUCCCAUAUGAGAUGUAUCCACCAGCAACCUACCACAUAGCAGAAGAUGGGUCAUUUGAGGUUGUGCAUGAGAAAGUUGCAGAGAAGGUGCCCUGGAUUCCAGUAGAUCCUUUAAAUCCAGAUCUAGAACGAUUUCCAGAAUAUGCCCAGGCAAAGCCUUUGCGGUGCACUGUGAAAUCAGGAGAGAUGUUGUAUCUCCCUUCCCUCUGGUUCCAUCAUGUUCAGCAGUCACAUGGAUGCAUAGCAGUGAAUUAUUGGUACGAUAUGGAAUAUGAUCUUAAAUACUCUUAUUAUCAGCUGCUGGAUUCUCUCACAAAAGCUGUAGUACUGAAGUAGCACACUCUUAGGAUCUUGGAACAACUAACCUACAGAUGUGGAACUAUGACUGGAAUUCUAAUGGACACUAUGUAAAUGAACCGAAUGUGAACAAUUUAAUAUUGGCCUAUCAGAUAAAGUCAAAAGGCAGCUGUUUUGCUGUCAACAAUUGUUUUGCUGUUGUCAAAGCUUAACAUCAUGUGAAUAUUCAUGGGAAAUGUGGGCCAAAUUGCACCUUAAGUGACCUUUCAGAUCUGUAGCAAAUAGCUUUGUCUCAUCAGCUCCCAAAUCAAACUUUUGAGAUGAACAAAAUUACGUUCCUGGAUGAAGCACAUUAUCAGGAUCAAUUUCAGUCAAGCUUUAGGAUACUGUCUGGAACAGACACUACUUAGUUACUUUGCUGGAAAGUCUCUUUCUGGAGAUGGACAGGGUCUUAACUUGCUCUUAGUACCAUCUGAUCAUCUGUAUGAAUCUUCUGGGGUAGAGUAUUGCAGUAAUGUCUGCCAGCUCUGUGUUUCUUUAUCAUUAGAUCUAUGAGCAGCAGCCUUGUCUCUGAGUUUAGACCAGUAAAGGAAUGGAUGUGGGUUAAUAAACUGAAGUUGAAUCAAGAUAGGACAGAGGUUAUAAUAGUUGGUUGAUAUUGAGUAAGGGGGAGUGGGUGUCUGUUCAAGAUAUGGUCAACUCCUGCAGUCACAGGUGUUUGCAGCAGCUACCAGGAGUGCUUUUUUAGUAUUACUCAUUUAUCCAGAAUGUGUCAACAAUAACCUUUCCUGGAAAAUAAAGACUGGAUUGACUAUU